AGUCUUCCACAAACGGCUUGUCUUCGUCAACAUGGAAGAAUAACCCGCGUCAACUGGAAGAGAGGUCAAUCUGCACUCUACCGGCUUGCCAUAACAGGAGUCGCAACGGGACACAACAAAAGUUUUUCUUGCUGAGGGGAGGAAGCCUCUGGGCAAUUGUGAGUGGAAGGCGGGUACAGAGUGUCUUGGGUUCUUCUUGUCCAGCGCAAGAGGCGUCAGAACGAGAGAGGCGUGCGUACCCCCCCUUUCCAGCCGCGCUUUCUUAUCUAGAGCGACAAAGAUGAGGACCUCAAGACCCAGAAUUCUCAAAAUCGUCAUCCUUGGUGAGAGCGGGGUGGGAAAGACAUCGCUCAUGGACCGUUACGUGUGUAACGAGUUUAGUCAACAGUACAAGGCGACGAUAGGGGCGGACUUUUACACCAAGGAUGUAAUCAUAGAUGACAAACCCGUGGGCCUGCAGAUUUGGGAUACUGCGGGUCAGGAGCGGUACCAAAGUCUUGGUUCCGCUUUUUAUCGAGGAGCGGAUGCAUGUGUGCUAGUGUACGACAUGACAGACGCGCGGUCUUUCGAUGCGCUUGACUCCUGGAGAGACGAGUUUCUGAUAUCGGCGGCUCCGAGGGACCCUGAUUCUUUCCCGUUCGUCGUGAUGGGGAACAAGGUGGAUGUGAUCGACCGAGCGAGAGCGGUACCGACGAAGAAGGCACAAGACUGGUGUUAUUCCAAAGGGACGAACGUGAUUCCUCUAUUUGAGACGAGCGCGAUGGAUGACAUUAACGUGGAAGCAGCUUUCGACGCAGUGGCUAGAUCAGGAUUACGACGCGGCGAACAAGACGAGGAUUUCAUUCCUCGAGAUACAGUGGAGAUUAACAGAAAACCGGUAGAUGAACAAUGCGCGUGCUAGUUAUUUUUGUUUUUUGGCUUUCCAGAAAGCCGUAAAGAUAUGACUUGUUCUACCGUAGACAGGGGAAUAAGUGGGAUUGUUUCUC